UGUGGUAUAAAUAAAGUGAAACAAACACAAACACAAACACAAACACAAACACAGACGAGAGAUAUGGCCGGAAAAAUGAUGCACGCGGUUCAGUACGAUGCUUAUGGCGGAGGUGCCGCCGGAUUGAAGCAUGUUGAAGUUCCCGUUCCCAGUCCGAAGAAAAACGAGGUUUUGCUGAGAUUGGAAGCUGCUAGCAUCAACCCUGUUGAUUGGAAGAUCCAGAAGGGUGUUCUGCGCCCUUUAUUUUUACCUCGAAGCUUUCCCCACAUACCUUGCACUGAUGUAGCUGGAGAGGUAGCAGAGGUUGGACCUCAAGUCAAAGAUUUCAAAGUUGGAGAUAAAGUCAUUGCUAAACUCUCCACUCAAUAUGGAGGUGGACUGGCUGAGUUUGCUGUGGCCAGUGAGACCUUAACAGCUGCAAGACCAUCUCAAGUCUCACCUGCUGAAGCUGCCGGUUUGCCUAUUGCUGGACUCACAGCUCGUGAUGCCCUCACUCAAAUUGCUGGAGUCAAGCUUCAUGAGACUGGCCAGCCCAAGAACAUUUUAGUCACUGCUGCUUCAGGUGGUGUUGGUUCAUAUGCUGUUCAACUUGCAAAACUAGGGAACAACCAUGUCACAGCCACUUGUGGAGCUCGUAAUAUUGACUUUGUUAAGGGCUUAGGUGCUGAUGAGGUUCUUGACUACAAGACUCCAGAAGGGGCAGCACUGAGGAGUCCAUCUGGUAGGAAAUAUGAUGCAGUUAUACAUUGCACAACUGGAAUACCUUGGUCCACUUUUGAUCCUAUUUUGACUGAAAGAGGGGUUGUGGUUGAUUUAACACCCAAUGGAAGUUCUUUUAUGACUUUCGCCCUGAAGAAACUUACUUUUUCUAAGAAGCAGCUGGUGCCAUUUUUCGUGACUGUCAAGCGUGAGGGUCUGGAAUAUCUAACUCAACUGGUGAAGGAUGGGAAACUCAAGACAAUAAUUGACUCUAAGUUUCCUUUGAGCAAAGCUGAAGAUGCCUGGGCUAAGAGCAUUGAUGGCCAUGCUACUGGAAAAAUCAUCGUGGAGCCAUAGGUGCAGUAUGCUUGGAGUUGUUGUAUUUCUAGUUUCAAAAUAUCUGCACAAGGUUUUGUAUAAGCUCUUGUAGAAAUGAAUAACCUUGCGUGUGUCGUGUGCUGUAAGGAUUUUAAGUUCAUAUUUGUUGUCUUUUUAAACUCAACCUCGUUUAUAUAUGAUAAGAUAAAAUGCUUUAUUGGGAAA